CAGCCUGAUGGUCAGAUGCCAAGUGACAAAACCAUCGGCGGUGGGGAUGACUCGUUCAACACGUUCUUCAGCGAGACUGGGGCUGGCAAGCAUGUGCCCAGAGCGGUGUUUGUGGACCUGGAACCCACCGUGGUCGAUGAAGUGCGCACGGGGACCUACAGGCAGCUCUUCCACCCAGAGCAGCUGAUCACCGGGAAGGAGGACGCAGCCAAUAAUUACGCCAGAGGCCAUUAUACCAUCGGCAAGGAGAUCGUCGACCUGGUCCUGGACCGGAUCCGGAAACUGGCGGAUCUGUGCACGGGGCUGCAGGGCUUCCUCAUCUUCCACAGUUUCGGGGGCGGCACCGGCUCUGGCUUCGCGUCUCUGCUCAUGGAGCGGCUGUCGGUGGACUACGGCAAGAAGUCCAAGCUGGAAUUUGCCAUUUACCCAGCCCCCCAGGUGUCCACGGCCGUGGUGGAGCCCUACAACUCCAUCCUGACCACCCACACGACCCUGGAGCAUUCUGACUGUGCCUUCAUGGUGGACAACGAAGCCAUCUACGACAUAUGUCGGCGCAACCUGGAUAUCGAGCGGCCCACGUACACCAACCUCAAUCGUCUGAUCGGGCAGAUCGUGUCCUCCAUCACGGCCUCCCUGCGAUUCGAUGGGGCCCUGAACGUGGACUUGACGGAAUUCCAGACCAACCUGGUCCCGUACCCCCGCAUCCACUUUCCCCUGGCCACGUACGCCCCGGUCAUCUCUGCCGAGAAGGCCUACCACGAGCAGCUGUCCGUGGCCGAGAUCACCAAUGCCUGCUUCGAGCCGGCCAACCAGAUGGUCAAGUGUGACCCUCGGCACGGCAAGUAUAUGGCCUGCUGCAUGUUGUACAGGGGGGACGUGGUCCCGAAAGAUGUCAACGCGGCCAUCGCCACCAUCAAGACCAAGCGCACCAUCCAGUUUGUGGAUUGGUGCCCGACUGGAUUUAAGGUGGGCAUCAACUACCAGCCCCCCACCGUCGUCCCCGGCGGUGACCUGGCCAAGGUGCAGCGGGCUGUGUGCAUGCUGAGCAACACUACCGCCAUUGCCGAGGCCUGGGCCCGCCUGGACCAUAAGUUUGACCUCAUGUACGCAAAGCGGGCCUUUGUGCACUGGUACGUGGGGGAAGGCAUGGAGGAGGGGGAGUUCUCUGAGGCCCGGGAGGACCUGGCAGCUCUGGAGAAAGAUUAUGAAGAGGUGGGUGUGGAUUCCGUGGAAGCAGAGGCCGAAGAAGGGGAAGAAUACUGA